AUCCGCACCCACCACCCGACCAUCGCCCUUCUCUAGCCUUCGACCACUCUCCUCUGGCCGACCAAUCCACCACAUCCUCACUCCCACCCAUCCUCGACUACCAUCACCAUGCGCGAGAUCGUUCACCUCCAGACCGGCCAGUGCGGUAACCAAAUCGGUGCUGCCUUCUGGCAAACCAUCUCUGGCGAGCACGGCCUCGAUGGCUCCGGUGUCUACAACGGCACCUCGGACCUCCAGCUGGAGCGCAUGAACGUCUACUUCAAUGAGGCUUCCAACAACAAGUAUGUUCCUCGCGCCGUCCUGGUCGACCUGGAGCCCGGCACCAUGGACGCUGUCCGUGCCGGCCCCUUCGGCCAGCUCUUCCGUCCCGACAACUUCGUCUUCGGCCAGUCUGGUGCUGGUAACAACUGGGCCAAGGGUCACUACACUGAGGGUGCCGAGCUGGUCGACCAGGUCCUCGACGUCGUCCGUCGCGAGGCCGAGGGCUGCGACUGCCUUCAGGGCUUCCAGAUCACCCACUCCCUGGGUGGUGGUACCGGUGCCGGUAUGGGUACGCUCCUGAUCUCUAAGAUCCGCGAGGAGUUCCCCGACCGUAUGAUGGCCACCUUCUCGGUCGUCCCCUCCCCCAAGGUCUCUGACACCGUCGUUGAGCCUUACAACGCCACCUUGUCCGUCCACCAGCUCGUUGAGAACUCCGACGAGACCUUCUGUAUCGAUAACGAGGCUCUGUACGACAUUUGCAUGAGGACCCUCAAGCUCAGCAACCCCUCCUACGGCGACCUGAACCACCUCGUCUCCGCCGUCAUGUCCGGCGUCACCACUUGCUUGCGUUUCCCCGGUCAGCUGAACUCUGACCUUCGCAAGCUCGCCGUCAACAUGGUGCCCUUCCCUCGUCUGCACUUCUUCAUGGUCGGCUUCGCUCCUCUGACCAGCCGUGGUGCUCACUCUUUCCGCGCCGUCACCGUUCCCGAGCUCACCCAGCAGAUGUUCGACCCUAAGAACAUGAUGGCUGCUUCUGACUUCCGCAACGGUCGUUACCUGACCUGCUCUGCCAUCUUCCGCGGUAAGGUCUCCAUGAAGGAGGUCGAGGACCAGAUGCGCAACGUCCAGAACAAGAACUCUUCUUACUUCGUUGAGUGGAUCCCCAACAACGUCCAGACCGCUCUUUGCUCCAUUCCUCCUCGCGGCCUGAAGAUGUCCUCCACUUUCGUUGGCAACAGCACCUCCAUCCAGGAGCUGUUCAAGCGUGUCGGCGACCAGUUCACCGCUAUGUUCCGUCGCAAGGCUUUCUUGCAUUGGUACACUGGCGAGGGUAUGGACGAGAUGGAGUUCACCGAGGCCGAGUCCAACAUGAACGAUCUUGUCUCCGAGUACCAGCAGUACCAGGAGGCCUCGGUCUCCGAGGGCGAGGAGGAGUACGACGAGGACAUUCCUGUCGAGGAGGAGUAAGCUUUCGCAACAAGGAUGCGGAGGG